AUGGCCACGGCGCCCUUCCUGAAGGUGCCAGCAGAGAUCCGUCUCAUUAUAUACAAGCUCUUGCUUUCGCAUCACAAGGAUAUGACUCUACGCAUACGUACGGAGGAGCAAUUCAUAUACGGGCGACGCAAGCGAGAAAUGCGACGACGAAGCAAGUUCAGGUACAUAGCCGAUCGAAUGCGCUCUCGCAGUGCCGAAUCGACAUACUGCCUUUACAGAGGCCCCGGAGACAUACAUUCCUCGAUCCUAGGUGUGAACCAACAGAUCCACGCCGAGGCCUCCCACGUCUUGUACUCGGAGCAUACUUUCGAUUUUGGCACGGAUAUCGAAAGCAUCCUCCCCUUCCUACAAGACCUGACGCCUGCCGCUCUCUCCGCCAUCAAGCGAAUGAACAUUGUCAAACGCUCUCUACCAUACACCAAAGACUUUGAUCGCUGCGAAUGGCGCAAUGCCUGCGCGUUCAUCUCGCAGAACUUGCGCUUGGUACAACUUGACCUCUAUGUCGAAGGAGGGACACCGUCGCUUGCAAACAAGCCCGCCUUAUACUGGAAACAAAAAAACACCUACAGCAAGGCGGAUUUUGCCUUGAUAGUAAGACUGGACGAAAUGGACGAGGACAUGGAAUGGAUGAAGCACGUCGUCGCGAUCAAGGAUUUACAGGUCCUGAAUGCACCUCCCAAACAGCCUGCAGUCCGAAGGCGCGUCGCAUAUUCUGUUGUGGCCGUUGAUGGAGGCUCAGUUUCCACACCUUUAUCAACUUCGGUACCAGAUCUCCUCACUCUCAUCCAGACGUCGGACAGCGUUAAGACCGUCACCGCCUCCGCAAGCAGCACGCCACCGUUGAUCGAAACGAUUAUAACGACGAAAAUUGUCAGCGAAAAAGAGCCCGCAAAGACCGUGGAUAUAAUUUUUACUCAAGAUAUCACGGAAAACCCUGCUCCGACAACAUCUCCGUCCUACACCGUCGUCAAUCCUGGAGAAACACCAACAUCAUCGUCAACAGUGCCUCCCCCAAGCCAAACCUUUACCAGUGUUUCAAGUGUGAAAUGCGUAAUUUCGUUCUCCACCUCGACGCUAUCCUCGGCCUCCACCUGGACCUCCAUUCCGACUGUUUCUAUGUCCUUGGCAAGCUCAAAUCGGGCUUCGGAGGUUGCGCAGCCGGCAGAAGCAAAAAAUCCGGAAGCAAAAGGCCCAGAAGCCGCUGCGAGCAUUCCGUCUCCCCUUCAACCUCCACCUCCUGCUGUCAUAAGUUCCAGCACUCUACCGACGGCUUCAACGAAGACAUACGAUGAUGGGAUGUGGCAUACUUCUUAUCCGGUGUGGAAUGCGACCUCAACAUUGCUCUCGGGUGCGUCAGCAACGGCAGUCGGUACGGGCAGAGCACAAAACCUCUGGAAAAAAGGCUGA